CUUUUUAGGAGUUGUUGGUUAAAUUUCAUGCUGCUUGGAUUCGCUUCUUGAAAGUAUCAUAACCAGUUCAUAUUCUAUCCUGUUUCCCAGGCGUCCUUUGCUGCGCCUUUUCCCCCGCGUUCCUGAGAAAUGCUAUCUUGCCUUCCCAAUGGCUACAGAGACCGUCCAGCAUUUAAUACAUGAUGAACUACCAGACUCUGCCGUCCCACAAAACGAAUCUGUCGACACAGGAAAUAAUAGUAAUGACAAGCAAAGCCGGAAUCUAACUUCUGUACGGCCAAUCCGUCAGCAAUCUACGAAUCCGUUUCUUAUUACUCCGGACACAUCGGAGGACAAGGAUCUAGGGCCCUCAUCGCGCAAAUGGCAGAUUGGUGACUUCCAACUUGUUAGGACGCUUGGAACUGGUACUUUCGCGCGAGUAUGGCUGGCGAAGCCGCGAAGGCGAAGCGAGCGGAAAGACCAGGUUUAUGCAUUGAAAAUACUCCGUAAAGCUGAUGUGGUAAAACUGAAGCAAGUCGAGCACGUUCGCAAUGAGCGAAAGACGCUUGCGGCUGUCUCCGGACACCCUUUCAUGAUGUCCAUGGUAGCAUCAUUCGCUGAUGACCAAUGUUUAUAUCUACUGCUGGAUUACUGCCCUGGAGGCGAAGUAUUCAGCUAUUUACGCCGCGCGAGACGGUUCAACGAGGCUACCACGAAGUUCUACGUUGCGGAGAUCACACUCGCGAUUGAAUAUCUACACGACGUCCAUGGAAUUGCCUAUCGCGACCUCAAGCCGGAAAACAUCCUUUUAGACGCCGAGGGCCAUAUCAAAUUAGUCGAUUUCGGUUUUGCUAAGCAAUUGGGUCAUCCCGGGCUCAGCUUCACUCUAUGCGGCACCCCGGAGUACCUUGCUCCAGAAGUGAUUCAGAACAGUGGCCACGGCCUCGCGGUAGACUGGUGGGCACUGGGAAUCCUCAUCUACGAGUUCCUGGUUGGUCAGCCGCCAUUCUGGGACCAGAAUCCGAUGCGCAUCUACGAACAAAUUGUCCAAGGCCGCCUUCGUUUCCACCCCAUCAUGUCCUAUGCAGCACGGAAUAUUGUAUCGGCGCUCUGUAAGACUAAUCCGACAGAGCGAUUGGGGUACAUAUGCGGCGGCUCUGCUCGUAUUAAAAUACAUCCGUUCUUCGAAGGAAUCAAUUGGGACGACAUCUAUCACCGGCGCUCAAAGGGUCCCAUCAUUCCAAGAGUUGAUCACCCUGCAGAUACCGGUAACUUCGAACAAUAUCCUGAUCCUCCGGAUCCGAGAACUUUGGAAUCGUAUACCAGUGAAAUGAAACAGAAGUAUGAAAGUUUGUUCAGUGACUUCUAAGUCUGCAGCAUUUUGGACCCCAGCCCUCAGAAACAGUUAACUAUAUAUAUGAUUCUACACAUGAGAUUUACGAACUUUAUACCAUUGCUCAUCAAGCUACACUAGGAUCGCAGUCAUGCCGCAUGCUCUUUCUUUCUGUCCAUCUAUCUCCUCUGUUUCGGGGUUUCAGACUGCAAGUCCAUUACCAUUGCUUAAACUCACUUUCCCAAUAUGAUCCAAUUCCUUACUUGAAUGUGGACCGCAAAAAAAAAAAAAAAAAAAAAAAAGAGAGAGAAAGAAAAACUAUCUGGAAUGCAGACAAUGCCUGCAUAAGUGUUCCUGGGGUGUUUAAUUAUAUCCUGUUCCAAGACCACUAUGUUACAUAAUUAUAUCCAACGCCUUCUUUUUUUUUUUUUUUUUUUUUUUUUUAUCACCUGUGCACUUAGAUCGUUUGUUUUAUUUAUCUUUAUGGGCUUCAUGUGGACAUAGGUAUACACUUGAUCUUCAGUGUAGUAUCAUCCCAUACACACUUUGCCCCUGUACAAUGUACAGUGCAAGAUAAAGAUUAACCUUCAUCCAUCCUCGCUAAAUCAUCUAUUUGCG